AGUCUUUGAGGAACGGUGAUCCCGGAGGCAGCUCCUUGAUCAGUACGGCUCCGAGAUCGUUAUCGUGAGAAGUGGAUGAAUCUCGGACUGCCAGGUUUCGUGGCGAUCGAGUCGAAAAGGAGGAGGCAGCGUAUCAGGGAGAAGGAGGAAGGAGAAACACAACGGGCAGAUCUUGGAGACGCCGUCGGGUCCUGCCGUCAGACCUGUUUUAUCCUCCGAUCAACUUAGAGAACUUCUCGCGAGGACUAAAUUGCUGCUAAAUUUCUCCGGCACGCCUUCAGGACUUCUGGUUCGCGAUGUGGCGGUUGUCGAUAGUGAUCAGUAUGAUUGCGAUCGCGAGGGCUGGACCGUACGAUAGGACAACGGACGCGGUGAAUGACAGAACGCUGUUCAUCAGGAGUUUGCCGGGUUAUCCUGGGACUAGAAGCGAUCUAUACGAGGUUUAUAUGGAACCAUAUUAUUUCGCAGUCGGCCUAAAGGCUGUAGUGGAACUGAAAGCUCUCGAUGAGAAUGGUAUGCCAGUGGACGGACCCCGAGGGAUGCUGACGCUGGAGCAGCAGCCCGAGGGGGUCAGGGUCACGGGCACAAUCACGGGAUUACAACCGGGCUUACACGGAUUCCACGUGCAUGAGAAAGGGGAUUUGAGAAAAGGUUGCAAUUCGGCUGGCCCGCAUUUCAAUCCGUACAUGGUGAAUCACGGCGCACCGAGUGAUCCAUUACGUCACGUCGGCGAUCUCGGCAAUAUUCAGGUCGGCCAGGAAGGAGUGGCAAAUAUCGAUGGCAUAGAUCACUAUUUGAGCCUGGUGGGUGUCCGUGGUGCGAUCGGCAGGACCCUGGUGGUCCACGCGAAACCCGACGAUCUCGGCCGUGGCGGAACCGAGGAGAGUCUGAAGACUGGAUCUGCGGGUGAACGCAUUGCCUGCGGCGUCAUCGGGUUCUUGUAAAGGAAUUUUGACGAACGGCGAAUUUGGUUAUUGCAUGCACUAAAUGCGCAGCAAAGGCUGCCAUGCUCAAGCUCGCAUAAGAAAAUAUCGUGGAGUAUAUAAGCAAACUUUAAUGAAGAUACAUUCCUUGCUGAAGAUCAAAAGAAUUUCUUUUCUAUGAAAACUCAAUCAAAAUAUCGCUAUAACUUUUUAUAGUUUUGUACAUUUUUAAAUAAAAUACUUUGAUAAAGUACCUUAAUAUUCCGAGAUCUCAGGAAUCUUCGUUAAAAUACAUAAAAAGAAAUAACUACUAUGAAAAUAUUAUAUUUUAUUUAUGUGUUAUUAAUAAAGAUAACAUUAGAAGCUACAUUUUAAAACUGAAUAUGUGAAAUAAUAUAUAAUCAACAUAAAUAUUGUGUUUAAAUAACAUAAUUGUUAUAAUAUAAUUAAUUUUAUUUAAUUAAAAUAAUUAUAUCUCAACAUUUAUAGAUAAAUUUGUAUACAACAGCCUGUAGAUUGUGCGCACUAGUGCAUUCACCCACAUUCGCUAAAAGAGAUGUUGCGUAUCGCAACUUCAUUCACUACUAAUUUAAUUAUGUCCAUUUGUACCGAUCAAUAAUCACGGAUGUAAUCCAGUACUUAUCAAAUGC